GUUUUAUAGUAUACAGGUGUGUUUAUAAAUAAAAGGUUCUCAAAUCAUGACAGAAUGUCAGAACUAGAGAUAAGAACUCUGACCUUUAUCUAUACUGGUACAAUAUGGUGGACUGUUCCUACACAGUAACAACGUUUGGUUGUUUAGUACUAGCCAGUAUCCUAGGUCAACAGUAUGUAAGAGCAGGUAUAUUAUGCUAUCAAUGUGAUUUACUGCCACAUCAAAGAGAUUGCGAUAGAAUUGUGGAAUGUGGAUCUAACGAGGAAUGCUAUGGAUCAAGGUUAAUAUCAGAUGAUGGUUUAACUAAAUAUAGAUCAGGCUGCAGAGAUAAAUCAGUAUGUACUGUAAGAGCUCCGAUUUUAGGUAAACGAGCUGAAUUAAUUCCUUGUUCUCAGUGCUGCAAUACUUCGUACUGUAAUCUUGAAACCUGUGAUAAUCAUAUAACUAGCAACAGCAAGAGAUGUUUAUCCUGCAAGUAUGCGCUUACUCCCGAAGACUGUAACCUGUCUAUACAGUGUAAUACUGACGAGGUCUGUUACACGCAAGCUAUAAUCCAUAAUCAAGAAAAAAGAUACAGACUUGGAUGCGCUCAUAAAAAUCAAUGCGGCGCUAGAUUUGACCCUGUGUCAAGUGGUAUUGGGCGGAGGGCAGCAAGUGAUUACUGUGGACAGUGUUGUGAUGGUAGUAACUGUAAUAGGGAGCUGUGUACCGGGAAAACUAUACCACAUUCGAAACUAACAAUGCCACCACCUUUAUCAUUCUGUCGUGAUAAUUCAUCUUCCGCAUGCGCAGCACACGUGAAUGAAUGUUCACAAGACUACUAUAAAUAUUACCAAUGCCCAUACACUUGUAAAACAUGUGGAGCGGGGCCGAUUAUCACAAAUGCCCCUGUAACAACAAUGACUACUACAACAACAGUUGGUCCUAGUACACCGACUAUUGAUCCGAAUCUAUGCAUUGACUUUCCUGGCAUCAACUGCGCACCAAUUACUUGUACUGUACCAUCAAUAGCCAAGUUGUGUAAGGAAACAUGUGGGAUAUGUUCAGCCACCACUACACUAGCCACCACUACACUAGCUGCCACAACACCAGGUUGUACUGAUCAAGAUCCAAUACCAGAUUGCCAGUGUGCAUAUUUAGAUCGAGAAGCUAAUUUAUGCGCAGAGUCAGAGAGAGUUUCAGAUUUGAAAAGAUUUUGUUGCUACUAUUGCAAUAAAAAGAAGAGCAUAUUCACUUGUCCUGAUGUCACAUGUCUUCGUCUAGAAAAACCGGAACAGGCAGAGGUGGACAAAAUGCCCAAACCGAUUGGCUGUAUUUCCAAGUAACUAGAUAUUUGCAGUACAGAUAUGGCGUUGAAACAUUUUAGAAAUAAAUCAGGUUCUUUUGUAGUUAUAUAUUUACAA